UCGUGCGGGCAGUCAGUCACCACUAUCGUUAAGCCAGCUCGAUUAUCGAUUGACAGGCGUAAUCCUGCGAGAUAACCGAUAUGGAAGAAUGAUCUAGUCUUCAUCACGAAUGAAGGAUAUGCACCAGUGGCAAUAAUGAUUUCUUCAAGAGAUAGUUUUAAGUUCUCUGGUUGGAUAGACGUUGUCUAUACGUCACUUCUGGACAAGCUUGACUUGUUUUCUGACUCUUAGACCAUAAUUUCUGGAAAUCAUCGAUUGAUGGUUGUGGGAGAAUUAGAUUUAAUGACAGCGUAUUCCGAUUUAUCAAGCUUUUUGGCCUAGUAAUACGUCAUGAUUGGACCCGUUUGGUAUGUUUUUAUGAUCGUUUGAACAUCAUUUCUGGAAAUCAUGGCAGAUAACUGCUUUGGGAGUAAAUUUAAUGACGAUGUUUUUCGAUUUUUCUAGCUCGUCUAGAUUGGAGGUCUUCAUUAUAAAUGAACGAUGGUUUCUUGCAGUGGUGAUGUUUGUGUGCUGAUGGCGUAACAAUUGGUUGGAGUUGUCAAGUGAGUUCCUAUAAGUGGUAAAAUUAUCGAAUGUUGAAAUUCCGACACAUUAAAGACAAGGUUUUCGAAGACGAAGCAAGUAGUCGAUAAAACAGCCGAGGUUUCAAUAAGAUACAUCUGAUAUGGCUAUGACGUAUCCAUGAUCUUAUUUUGAGUAAAACUAGCUUUUCCAAGAAGACGCAAGUGACGUACAUGUACGAAUUAGUUGGUGGCUCCCAAAGACGCGCCAUUAUGAUAGCAGUCCACUCGUCAAUUAGUUGAAAGGACUGACGUACGUUGGCUGUACCAAUAACAGCAUUGUUCUGUCGGAAUGAUGAAAGGAAAAGUGGCGCUUUGAACGAUGAUAAAUAUCCACUUCGUGAAUAAUGAAAGAAAAUUAGAGAAGUCUAGACAUCGUCUCAUCCCUCUUUGAUAGCGGCACAUUAUGGGGAAGUGGUAUUCCGAUUGCCAUCAUUGUGACGGUAUGAACAAACAACGCCAUAAACAUCAAACCCAUCCUUCUGUGUUCCCAUUUGCAUAAUACUAACUGCGUAUAUGAAGUUGCGUCAAGGAAAGGGUGGACAUUUUUAUCAAUACAGCAACAAGUGAAUUUGCUAAAAACAUUUGAGUUCGUACCAAAUAUCGGAAAAGGUUUGUCUGGCAAAUCAAGAGAAGUGACUUAUUUCAUAUCGGGAUCUUAACUUAUUCGAGUAUUUCAAAUUCACUCGUGGAAUUGAAAUCAGAGGAAAGGGAACAAGUUUUUAAAAGCAAUUUAUAAUAUAUAGAUAGCUGAUCAUUGCAACAGAUAUCAAGUGCUUUCCGAAAAAAAAUCUGAACUUUAAAGAUAUUUUUCCAAAAUAUUCAAAGUGGUGGCGCAGCUUACCUAAUGCUUUCGAAGUGUCCCAAGGGAUCAAAGCGAUGAGGACACGGAUUAUUUAUUACUUUACAUGAGAGCAUUUGAAACUUUGAGAGGAAGAAAUUUUCCAGUCGGAUUAUUUCAAGAGGUUUACUUCCCCGGAUUACUUUGCCUUCAGAUUACACUAAGCAGUGUCUUGUUCUGUCGGAUUACAUCCCUUUACGGUUGGUAUUUGACAUUUCCAAAUAUUUCUUUCUUGUCUAAACGGCUAGCAGAAAAAACCCUUUACGUUGAGGUCAUAGUAAACCAGGCAGUAAAACAUGUCAGAAUUGAAUGUUCAAUUACUAGUAUCAGUGUUUUUUUACUGAUCAGUCUAAGUCUUUCCGAACUAGCUGGCUUAAUGAAUGACAGCUCUCCACUCAGGGAAUGUCGGUGUACUAGUUGAGAAAGUGUCAACCGGUUUCACAAUACGUCCAUCUCGGUGACAAUCUCACAAAAGGUCUUCGCAGACUCGGUUUGUUACGCCGCGAUGUUCUCUUCGUCUUGGAGUUUUCUACUGCACCUGUGCAUGUGACAGUCCAAGCUGGCGGAGCAAACGACUCUUUUUACUACCUAUAUACCCCGGUACCUUGAUAUUUUGAGACAAAACACCAUCCUCUUCCUUCUCGAACCUGUGAUAAUUAUGGUGUGGAGUCCUAAAAAAGAAACCGUUGACGGUUGAUGUGGUUCAGAAAGUGUAACUACAAGUACAGUGAGUCUCGGGAGAAGAAUUGGCGUAAUUGCCUUUCGCAUGCAUUUAAUGAAAUUGCCAAUAAGACAGGACUAAAGGAUUUUGUAUACACACCUUUCAAACUGCUUUAGAUAUUCUUUGAUACAAGAAGCACGGGUUGACUGACAUAUCACCCAGUAAGUCAGAACCAGUUUAUUUAGACUUGCUUUUUUACGGCAGGAAGGUAGAGCAAAAUGGAUCUUACGACUGGAAUGAUUAGAUUACCAUGUACAUGUGCAUGUACAUAUUGAGUGCAUUGCGUUCGUAUGUUUGGGGAAAAAAGUAUUGGAUUCAGGAGCUUUAGUAGACACAGCUGAGAUGUAAAAAGAACAUAUGCUAUCGCCGGUCCGCUAAGGAGAAGGAACUGUAGGGGAUCCUCGCUCUGAUAGCCGCCAUCUUGUGCAUAAGGACAUGGACAAUCAUUUAAUUUGAUGCUGAUGACCGCUGAUCUUUCGUAUGAUUAGAUGUUUGCUAUUUGAAUAUCCUUUUACCGGAUAGCUGAGCUACAACACUGUCCGCCGAUGAAGUUACAUUGUACUCGAGUAAAAACAAAGUGACAGCCGCCUCGCCCAUCGUCUUCUUGUACAGAGAGACACGGACGUCUAUAUUUGGUUUGUCAGAUAUUGACUAUUUUUAGAAGGUUAUCCGACAGCUGAACGACAGAAAGAAGGUCCGCUGUCAGAAAGAAGCGCCGCUGUCUGUCGAUCUUUUGUUACCCAAGAAAACAACGCGACAGGUUCCUCAGUCGCAAUGACAGUCGCUGUCGAGCGCUGACGCGCCAUUCGCUUGGACAUCCGUUCAGACUGACCACCAACCUUAUUUGUGGUAAGCUGUUUCGUCCACUGAUUAACAUGGAAUCAGAAAAGGGCUCAUGUCAUCACACGGCUAAGUGAUGCUAUUACCGAAAGAACAGUUACAGCUAAGAGGACAUGCAGUUGAGGACAAUUUAGCUCGGCAUGUUAGAAUGGAGCAUGUUACCUCGUUGUGAUUCGAUAAGAGUCGGCAGCAAACUCACAUCUGUCACAAGUAUCACCGAGAAGGAUCAAGGGCGGAUUUUUGUUCAGUAUUGAAAGAUAAAGCAUGUCUGGUGUUUUCUAUUAUCAAUUUUCUCAUUGCUGAUUUGAACAAGCCGUUCCCUGAUGUGCGUACCAAAUCAAUCGCAUUUCAUGGUAUCAUGAUAUGCAAUGAUAGAUAUUGUGACCUUUUUACUAUCGGUUAUGCACCAUCGAAUUCGAUGUCGAAUCAUUACAAUGUCGUCAGCUUGUGUAUGAUUUAUGGAUUCAAAAUAGGAAAUGAAUUGAAUGGUUCAUGUGGAUUGUCACUUUACGACUUUUAAAGCUUUCAGCGUAAGUGAACUAUUCUAAUCGCGCAGGAAUACUUCACUUGAUGACCGGAAAAGCGGUGAUUGAUCGGUGUGAGAAGUCAUCUCAAACAAUCAUUGGAAGAAUCGGUUUACGAUUGUAAGGUAUCAGAAAACAGCGGAACCGGAAAUAAGUCGCUGAGACCGGAAAUCGGUCGGACAAAAGUGGAUAGGUUGGUCACGUUUUUUGAGGUAGUCGGAAGUGUAUUCUCAGGACCGGAAGUUGCUAGUGCGACCAUCAUGAAUACAUCGGACAACGAUUCGCAGGGUUUUGACUUCUGGACCCGCAACAACAAAACCUUUAUAAUUAGUUCCCGAGACAUCCCAUCAAGCUGUGAGGGGGCGUUGGCGACAUGGCAUGGGAAUGCAUUGUUCAUUACAUUGGGCUGUAUCCUUGGUGUUGUCGCUUUAGUUGGAAUUAUCGCGAAUAUCCUCAGUAUCGUUGUGUUUUCUCGCAUGACCCAUAAAUCGUCCACGACAUUUUUAAUCCAGAUGUUGGCAUUUGUGGAUAGUGUCUUCCUUCUGGCUAAUAUUCUUGUGUUUACAUUAUUCAACUGGUUCAGUGCAUUAGGAUAUCUUUGUUCGUAUUUGGUGAUAUUCUCCUCGGUGCUGCCAUAUCUAUGGGGAUUCCUAGAAAUCGCCAGGGACUAUGCUGUCUGGCUUGUUCCUGUGGUCACCCUAGAACGUUACGUGGCAAUAUAUUACCCGCUGAGUAUGUCCAAGUUCUGCCGGAUUACUAUCGCCUGGAAGAUACUUCUUGGGUUAUUCUUGUAUGUCAUCGUCUUCAACGUGCCUUCAUUCUUGCAAUACACGAAAGGGAGUUACAAUAUGGAUAUCAAAGGCAAGAUUACUGCCUUUAGCCUGAGUGCCCUUAAUACGAAUCCCAUCUACAAUACCACGUAUUUCAUCGUGGACUCUGUCAUGAAUUUGCUACUUCCAGUCGUGUUAGUAUGUUUCAUGAACUGUCGAAUUAUCAUGGUGCUAAAGAGAGCAAGGACUCGGACCAAGAAGCGCGGUGACUUCAAAAGGGGCCAGAGUGAACCGGACAGAGGGUCUUUUGCCACGAUGAUGUUGGUGACGAUCGCGAUAGUGUUUGUGGUUUGUGAGCUACCAAAGGUCGUGGAAAGCUGCUUCGUAAUUUGGCGCAAAUGGGAGCGCACUGUGAGUGUUACACAGAGUAGUAGCAAGGCCAAUGACCACUGGUUCAUUAUAUUCAUCAUAUCAACACUUUCCCAGGCUUUCAACUCAUUUAUUAACUUCUUCGUCUACUGUCUGACUGGUCGUCGCUUCAGGCGAGUGCUACGGACGACCCUUUCUCUCAGUGACUGCAAGAGGAGAUUGUGUCCAGACAAGGAUUCAUUUCACUAAACCAGCUCGCUCGCCCCUCCCGGAUAGGUGGUGACGGGCUAUAAUUUCCCAAUAGAUAUGAAUGAUCUCUGUUAACUUUACCACAUGCUAACGUAAUUGUGUUCCAUCGCGAGGCAAGGUGAACGGCAUCCUCGUACAGCAGGGUGCCAUCCACUCCCUUGUCUUGCAUGUAUAUGUCGUUGUAGGCAGGUACCUGUACGAGAAACAAAUCCUAGGCGAAAGAUGUCCUAAUCUCAAGAUGGGUGAACGGUAGGCCGACACAGCCCUUUUAAUAAUCGUAAAAGGUUCCGGUUAAUAUAUCCGAUUUGUGCCGUAGAAAGUUAAGCAAGGAUCCCCGUUUUGCGAGCUCUCGCAAUCGAAACAUCCCGAGUCGACUAUGCCAUGGAGACAACUUGCAAAAUGAGGAUUCUUGCCUGACUGGUAUAGAAAAAGUCCUGAGAAACCUUUAAGAAUGUAGUGUCUAUGUGUGUGCUCUCGUAACAUCCUGUGGGCAACUUUCACCAUUUCUCUGAAGAAACCUCUUGUUCAUUAA